AUGUCGUCCGUUACCUCGUCCGGCUCCUCCAACCCCUCCAACCCGUUCGCCGACGCCAACCCUCCCGACGCCGCCAACAUCCGCAACCUCAACAUCUACGACCGGGUUCUGACAUACUUCUCCCUCGUGUUCCGAGAGUACAACCUCCUCGAUCAUGUGGACGGCUCCGUCGACUCCAGCAUUGUGCCCGCGUUCCAUGAGUGGUCCACCAUCGACGCCACGCUCAUCCGGUGGUUCUUCCUCACCAUCUCGCCGGAUCUGUUUCAGACGGUCGUACAAGACGGUGAUGACGCCCACGCCGUGUGGACCAAGCUAAACGGGCUCUUCAGCGUCAAUCGUCUUCAACGUUGUGUUUUUUUGCAGCAAGAGUUUUUUGGAUGCCACCAGGACAACUCCUCCGUCGAUGAAUACUGUCGCCGUCUCAAGACUCUCGCUGACGAGCUCCGUGAGAUUGCCGCGAAGAUUAAUGAUGAUCUCCUCCUCAGCACACUCACCGCCGGCCUCAACAAGGACUUCGGCAACGCCGCGACGAACCUCACCCUCAUCCUCGAGCCCUCCUGCGCCAAGUUCGUGCCCUACCUCCGACUGUAG